AUGGACCAAGACAUAUAUCAACUCAAGGUCCAUCCUUGGCGCGAGGUGCUACUGAUGCGCGCUACCGGCUACCCAAUAUUCAUCACAAGCUCCUUGCGGUUCACCUUUGCGAUUUAUGCUAUUGGCACACGGCGUGCUGAUUACAGUUAUCCAUUUCCAUAUAGAGCUCCAAACGGCUCGGGGAUCUUCGCAUAUCCUCAGCCUGUGUCCGACGAGCGAUACGUUGACUACGGCCUCGCUCAGUUCGAUAGCCAAGCACACGCCGUUGAUUCUCUCCUCUGUGUCUACAUGGUUCUGAGCCUAGUUGACUGGUUCCCGUCCUGGGUCUUAGCAAGAUACAAACAUAAUCCCGUUUGGGCGAACGGGUGGACGUCAAGAGUGGUUAUACUCGCUCACGCACUCGUACCUGCUGUGCAUUUGGCGAUCGCUGUCACUUGCCAAGUCCUAUUUGCGGCGCUAGUUAAUAACUGGCUGAGUUCACCACGAAUUCAAGACUUGCUAGAUAGGUGGGAGGAGCUGGGUAGACAGCCAUGGGGACCAGACACGCCCCUCCCUCCAGACCUCCCGCCGCCGCCACCGCCUCCUCCACGAGGUGACUACGUUAGCAAGAACCCAAAGGAAGUAGAGAUAGAUCCCGUUGUCACUUGUGUGUUGGCGUUUUUCGUGCUCUCUAUCAUAGAUGUCUUUACUCGUUGGGCCAAGCUUCUUACCCUGCGAGUUGUCCCAACAUCCUGGAGAUUUCCCGAUUCUAUCACUGUUUGUCAUCGACCCGUCCCUUCUGAUAGUCCUCACUAUCUCGAGGAAGACCGCAGAGAAUGGGAUGGACCUAUAGCCGCCAUGUUCCAAAAGCAGCAUAGUCGGAGAUUGAGUUUUGAGCGUUGUACCGCUCAGACGGCUGGCACAGCUCCUCAGUCUUCAGGAAAUGUAACUACGACGUUGAAUCCACCCCGGGGUCACAGCAAACCCCUUCUUUCGGGGAAUGUGCCUCUUGCUCCGAUUCUCCUUCGCGAUGGCCUCCGGAUCCCAAGGGAAUACCAAAAGCUCUUUCUCCACUACUUCGUCGGCUACAUACAAUGGGAAAUAGUACUUGGCUUUUCCACAAUUGAGCUUGUUCUCAAUACGGUCUACCUGGUACUUUUGCUGAGGUCCAAUCGCGUGUGUAACAGGUAA